AUGUGUGCUGAAGUGUUGUUACGAACGAAGGAUGGUAAAAACGUUUCGGUUGAUCGAAGUGUUAUACGAAAAUCGCUUUUGAUUGAUAACAUGUUACAAGAUUUGCAAGAAGGAGAAUCUGGUGAUUCGACGACGUUGAAAGAUGCAAUUCCAUUAGAGGAAGUUGAGGAAGCAACUUUAAUGAAAGUUGGUGAUAGUGCUGUCUCAAUUGGAUUUCCCUCC